AUGUCAGAUGGAGACGUUUUUGAUAUACAAGAAGAAGUCGAAGGUAGUCCGUGGAAUCCAGCAAUAGAAGCUGAGCAAGACAACCAGACUGGAACAGACCACAAGGACGAAGACAAAACGGACUCUACAGAUAUACCAGAAGAAGCCGCAGGUAAGAAAAACUGUACCUCAAGUUUUAAAUAUUACGUCUAGUCAAGCUAAAACACAAAGGAAGAUUCAUCACGUUUACAGUGCGACAACUGUAAGUGGGGCCACCAAGAUAAAGUUGACCAAUCGGAUUGCACGAAAAUAACUAUACAUUCCGAGAAAGUUGGUUCUCAAUCAUCGUUACCACGGAACUAAAUCAGUAAACAGCAUUACAGUGCUGUAUAGCCUGCGAGAGCAGACGCCUUUUUCAGCCAUUCAUCCGCAGAGUAAAGUCAGCGUCUGCGAUUCCGAGCUCAGCGGGGCAAAAAUUUCCGUGACGUCCUUUUGUUCCAAUACAAUUGAGUGAUAGAAAGAUGCGAUUUAUAACGUGCGCGAAUUCGGGUUUCUUAAAACAUUUGAUUAAUACAGAAAGCGCCUGGUUCGUAAUUACCGGGUCCCUUGACGGUCGGCUUAUGAAGCUUUUUUUUUUGAUGAGUCAAGCAACCAAAUCGAAGUAUCUGAUAUUUUAUUAAUAUCAUUCAUUUGCAAAUGAGAAUUUAGUGAAUUGUUAAGGAGUCGUUAAAGUAAUUAUAUUUUUCUGUUUACUUAGGUAAGGUUCCUGAACUAGCCGAGCCCGGCAGAAAAGCAACAUCAUUCCUGGAUAUGUUGAAGAAAAACAAGUACAGAAAUGCUAAAAUGAAAAAUAUUAAAAUUUACUCCGAUAAAGAAAUAGAAAGUCCGCAGGCCCACUUGGAGAGGAAAAGAAGGCGUUUUUGGAACGAGAAGGCGGAACAACUGGCCAAGUGUCCAAAAACGUCUCACUGCAAUAAAACAACCAUAGCUGGAAUAAUCGACGUCUCCUGGACGAUGAAGAAAACUUCGUUAAUUGAAACAGAGGCCCGAAAGCUGUUAGAAGACGAGAGGGAGCUGCGUUUCAAUGAAGACCCGACCGGUGCGAGCAAACUUGGGCAGCAGAAGAAGGAAACGCUGGGCAAAAACCUGGAACGCAUGACUGCUGCCCACUUGGCACUAGAAGGCCAUGAUGCCAAAGUAGAAGAAUUAAAGAGAGGAAAUGAAAGCUCUGUUCUGAAACACGAGAAGGCCUUGAUGGAGGGAGCUUAUACUGAGCUCAAGAAAGCUCAGGAGGUGGCUGUCAAAUCCAUCAAGGUCAAGCGACAGCAAGUGGAGAUGCGCCUAUCUUCGAAAAUGCUGGAUGCAGGGGAUGAGGAUGAGGCUCUCGAGUGA